CCCUGAGUGAAAAGUCCGUAAAGUUUGUUCGCUCCGAUCGUUAAUCGGAACGUUGAAUUAGUGUAUCGUAUUGGGGUGACAUUGAAAGUGUUUCAUAAACAGUGCAAAAUAUACGUUCACUGAUGUUGAAAUGAAGCAAAACCACGUCAUGUAUGGUGACUCACGAAAACUAUGCGAUAAGCAUACGCAGUUCGCCCCGCACGGGCUCUGUAUUCCGUCGGAUUAAUGAUCAAUGGCUUUAUUUGAGAAACGAUAUACGAAUAAAGUGCUGCUAGAUGAUACGGAGAAGCUGAUUAGCGUCAUUGAAAAUGCAAGAACGAUCGACGGACACACGGAGUACGUGAUCAGAACACAAAGAGGUCCACUACCAGAUAAAUCUUGGAGAGUUAGCAGACGUUACAAUGACUUUAUACAGCUCAAUGCAGCUUUAUCAGCUUCAGGCCUUGACUUAUCUCUUCCUCCAAAGAAAAUCAUUGGUAACAUGGAACCAGACUUCAUAGCUCAGCGUCAAAUAGCACUACAGGUCAGUGGCAGCUAUGGCAGAAUGAUAUUGGCAUCGUCUCUUCCUAUGAAAAAAUUCCUAGAUCCGGAAAAUUAUACAGCACCAUUACAUGAAAUAGCUCUGCAACAGGUGUCACUAGCUCUACGCAGUGAUGCAAACUAUGAAGUCCUCAAGGCCAUUCCUGACAUGGGAUGGCGGCUGAGGAAGCAUUAUUACACGGUUAAAAAUCGUCAGAAUCCAAAGCAAGAGUUAUUGCUUGCAUGGGUAGAAUUUGGCCCAGACAAACAUCUGCACGAUAAAGAUAUGCAAGGUGUUUUCAAAAGCUUAGGAACCUUAAAACACAAUUAUAUAGAACCAAUUGUUUACCAACACGUGACAGAGACCGGAGCGUUAAUGAUAAGAAACUUCCAUCAGGCGGGUACAUUACGCGACACUUUGUGCGUAACCAAACCAAAGCAACCAUUCAUAAAAAAGUAUGGAAACCCAAAACAAACCAAAUCUUUAACAGUGUCUGAAAUUGCAAUGUAUGGUUACCAGAUUUUGGAAGCCUUAGGAUUUCUUCAUGAGAAAGGCCUACCGUAUGGGCACUUACAUACAGGCAACGUUCUUCUGACUCAAAGAUGUGCAAAAUUGUUAGAUAUAGAAAAUGGUCUUUUAGGCUUGCCUGCGUUUUAUCGACCUUACGUUGUGCAAAGACGUAAACUCCAUGCCACGACCCAAGUGGACGUUUACUCGUUCGGGCAUGUGCUGUACGAAAUGGCUUUUGGUAGACCACUUUUAGAGGCAACAUGCUCCGAAUUACCGUACUGCGAGGCCGGACUAAAGAACCUGUUGGAAGUGAUUUUAUCACCCGAAGAUUUGAAACAAGAUCUACCAACAAUACCACACUUACUGGACCAUCCAUUUUUCGAAUCGGCUAGACGUGCUGUGCUGGCUGUUGGAUCUGUGGAGAAACCACACUUUAAGUUAAGUAGUCAUUUAAAGGAAGCUCUCCACGAAGCGGUGAACAAAGCAGAACAAAGACUGAAAGACGAACAAAAGGUGGCUAGGCAACAGAAAAGGUUUGCCAAAGUUCAAGAGAUGAUGAGUUCGGAAGAAGAGAUGAAGAAACGAAAACAGAAACUGAAAAAGGAACAAAAAUUGGCACAAGAGCAACGUUCUGCGAACCAGUUGAGUACAAACGGAUUGAAGCAACUGAAUGGCAAGAGUCCAGAACGUUCAGACAGUCCUACAAGCACUUCCACAGCCACCAGCGUUGGAACCUUAACUCCGCCAUCCUUGCGUUCUGUAGAUGUGCCGCAAGGUGAUGGAACUACUGGUAAGGGUCCUAUCCCACCGCCUCCAAUGCCACCAUCUAACGGCGUAGCCGACAACGUCCCGAAGGCGACCAACGAGCGGACCGCUUUGCUCGGAAGUAUUUGUAACUUUAACAAAACUAGUCUUCGCAAAGUCGCUAAUGGGCAACGUUAAAACUAUAAGUUUAAAAAAAAACGGAUGGAUAUUUGAUAAACAGUCCUAUUGGUUAACACCCUCAACGGUGUUUAUAAUUAUUAUUUCGAUCGCGAUACUUGUGAAAAUAAUGGAAUUCGAGAUUUUUAAGGGGCUGAAAAGUGUACGUCGAAUGGGCAAAUAAUCAUUAAUAGUGUUGCAAAAUUAAUCUAUUUAUAAUGUACAGGGUGCGAUAGUAACCGUUAUCUGAACAGUUUUCAGAAUUGUGAAAUCAGAGGAGAAAUUUGUCUAAUAGAAAUAAUAUGAUGAGUGGGCGGUUAUAUGGUACUGAUCCCAAAAGUCUGUAGGUGGAGUUACCUUCGAGAUUUACACGGUCAUUUGUUCUAAUGUAUUCCUGAAAAAAACUCAAAAGAUAUUAUUGCAGUAAUAGUUACUGUUUUACCUUGUAUAUAUUAUUCAUCUUGAAAAUAUUAGCUGCACGACUAAUUGCUAAUGGCGGUCGAUAUUUAAAUAUUAUCCGCUGGAAAUUUUAUUUCUUCAGC